AACUCACAAGAUAACUCACUCUCCUAAAAUCCUAACCAUCUAUUUUCCCAAGAUAAGAAAAAACCAUGGCAGAGCCGUCUAGUUUGCUGGGGAAGCUUGAGAUAGAAGUGGAGAUCAAAGCUUCGGCUGAGAAGUUCCAUCACAUGUUCGCAGAGAGACCACACCAUAUCCCGAAAGCAACUCCAGGCCACAUUAAGGGAUGUGAUCUGCACGACGGCGAAUGGGGAAAAGUUGGCUCUAUCAUCGUCUGGAACUACGUUCAUGAUGGAGAGCCAAAGGUGGCGAAGGACAUAAUAGAAGCUGUGGAUCGGGAGAAGAACCUGUUCAAGAUGAGGGUUAUAGAAGGUGAUCUCAUGAAAGAGUACAAGAACUUUGUGUUGACGAUCCAGGCGACCCCUAAGCAUGAAGGGUCCGGAAGUAUUGUGCACUGGCACAUUGAGUAUGAGAAAAUUAGUGAGGAGGUGGCUCACCCUGAGACUAUUGUCCAGCUCCUUACUGAAAUGUCCCAAGGGAUCGACGAACAUCUCUUGACCGAAGAAUAGAGGACCCCUCCUCGUAUGUGUGUGUGUGUGUUUGCUCUCGUCUUAAGGAUGUUUGCUUAAUUAUGUAUUUGAAAUAAAUAAUGAGCGGUGCCUGAGUUUGUCUAAGAGAAUAAGAGAUAUAUGUUGGUGUGACAUGCGUGUACGUAUGCAUACUACAACAGUCGUCAGUUAUGUUUGAAGUUUUUAAUAUGAAACGAUGUGUAGUAGGAGUGUAGCUACAAGGCUACUUAAAGUUUAUGUAUGCUACUACGGUACUACCCUACCCACCACGUUGGCUAUAAUAUAAUAUUUUUUCUUAUUA